GAUCCCAGACCUGCAGCAUCAUGACAGCUCUGGUCACGCUGCUGUUCCUGCUCCUGCUGGGGGCCCAGACCCAGCAUGGGGCUGAGUGGACCUACUCAGAUGGGGAGCUGGAUGAAGCACACUGGUCCAGGGAGUACCCCGACUGCGAUGGGAGGAGACAGUCGCCCAUCGACGUGCAGAGGAAGAGCGUGCAGUACAACCCUGCCCUGAGGGCCCUGAGCCUGACAGGCUACGAGGCCCAGGAGGGGGAGUUCUCCAUGAUCAACAACGGCCACACAGUACAGAUCAGCCUGCCCUCCACCAUGCGCUUGACGGCCCCCGACGGCACCCAGUACAUAGCCAAGCAGAUGCACUUCCACUGGGGCGGCGCGUUCUCCGAGAUCAGUGGCUCCGAGCACACCAUUGAUGGGAUCAGAUAUGUGACCGAGGUUCACGUUGUCCACUACAAUUCCAAAUACAAGAGCUACGAUGAAGCCCAGACGGCCCCGGACGGCUUGGCUGUGCUGGCAGCCCUCUUCGAGAUCAAGGAUUACGCCGAAAACACUUACUACAGUGACUUCAUUUCUCACCUGAAGAACAUCCGGAAUCCAGGACAAACCACAGUUCUGAGCAGCCUUAACCUUCAGGACAUGCUCCCUGAGAACCUCCACUCCUACUACAGCUACCAGGGCUCACUCACGACUCCUCCCUGUACUGAGAAUGUCCACUGGUUUGUGCUUGCAGAUACCGUCAAGCUCUCCAGGACGCAGGUUUGGAAGCUACAGAAUUCCUUGUUGAAUGACCAGAACAAGACCAUCCACAACGAUUACCGCAGAACCCAGCCCCUGAACCACAGAGUGGUGGAGGCCAACUUCAAGUCUCUCCCUAACCCUCGCUCUGAGCUCCAUUUUUAUCUAAACAAUAUUGACAAUAACCUGGAAUACCUGAGAAGAGUUAUUGAACAGAAGAAAGCAAAGGGAAAAGGACCAUGGUAAUGACCUUGACACGUAAGCCCCGCCUUGUCUCCACGGAGUCAAAAUGACCUUGACGUGUAAGCCCUGCCUUGUCUCCACGGAGUCCUGGAAUCCUGAAUAUCCGAUCGCACCGCUCCCAUUGAGGCACCUGGUUCAUCUCCGACUGAAGCAGGAGACACCAUCACCCAUGAAGGGAAGUGAGAAGGGACUGAGUUAGACAUUACCCGUGGAAAUUGACUGGAAGAGACUUUUAAAGAACCCGGAGCCUUAACCAGCCUCCUCUAGAAUCAAGCACAUUGAUUUGACUGCCUUUCAAACCCGCCCUGUAGCAUUUAGAUGGAAUAAAAUAACUGCGGAAAUUUGCUAU